GCGUGUAUGCGACGCCCUCAUCACUAACAAGCUGGUACACGUGCCGUGUCGACUGCUAGCUGCUGUAGUUUUUCGUCUGCAGACCGAGUUUUGGCGGCUUUUCUCCGAUCUUGAGGACCAAAUCGUGCCCAGCCAUGGGUCGGAAGAGACCAGACCCUUCCGAGGCCCAGAAAAAAGGUCCCGGGAGGAAGGCGAGGAAACAGAAACCACCACAGAUGCCGCGUCAACUGCUGCAGCAGGACAGUGGAUCUAAGAUACUAUCGAGCCGACAAAAGCAAAGAUUGGCCAAAAGGAUGCAGAAGGCAGUCAACAAGGGGGCUGCUAAGGCAGCACAGAAGAAGGUACCAGUAACACUGGGACUGUCACAAGGACAGAAGAGGCCACGUAGUGGGUCUGUCAGUGACAGUGAUGAAUGGAACAGUGAUAUUGAAGAGGAGGAGGAGGAAGAUGAGGAGGAGGAGGAAGACAGUGAGGAGGAGGAUGAUGUAGAAGAGGAGGAGGAAGAAGAAGAGGAAGAUGAGGAUGGAGAGGAAGAGGAUGAGGAGGAAGAAGAAGAUGAGGAUGAGGAAGAUGAUGAUGAUGAGGAUGAAGAUCCUGCGUCAGGCUUUACUGAUGAGAACAAGUCCUGGCUCCGUCUUGCAGGGAAGAAGAAGAAACUGGACUUGGAUGAUGAAAGUUCGGAUGAUGACAUGCCAGCAGAUGAGUUUCUUGAUGAUGAAGAUGGCUCAGAGGGAGAAGAAGAUGAAGAUGACUCAGACAACUCUGACAGCAGCGAUGAUGAUGGUGAUGAUGAUGAUGGAGAAGAGCAAGAGGAAGAUGAAGCCUUACUGCCCAUAGAAAAGGCUGCCAAGAAACUGAAAAAGAAGCAACAGAGAGAAGAGAAACUAGGAGAGGAGGAACUUCGCACCAACAUCGCGGAAGCUGAGACAUUUGUUCUGCCCAGUGGCCAGGAGAUUGAGAAGGAAAGUGUGCAGCCCCCAGACCUGACCAUGAUCCACAUGCGCAUCAAGGAAAACAUGGCUGUUCUAGCAGACUUCAACAACAAACGGAAAGACGAAAGGCCCCGUAAGGAGUAUGUCCAGCUCCUACAGAAGGACCUGUGUUUGUACUACAGCUACAACGAAUACCUCAUGGAGAAAAUCAUGCAGCUUUUUCCACUAGCUGAGGUGAUAGAGUUCCUGGAGGCGUGUGAGGUAGACCGUCCCGUGACCAUCAGGACCAACACCCUGAAGACUCGCAGACGGGACCUGGCCCAGGCCCUCAUCAACAGGGGAGUCAACCUGGACCCUGUCGGGAAGUGGUCUAAAGUAGGACUGGUGGUGUACGACUCUGCUGUGCCCAUCGGUGCGACUCCUGAGUACCUGGCAGGCCACUACAUCCUGCAGGGUGCAGCCAGCUUCCUGCCCGUCAUGGCGCUGGCUCCGCAGGAGAAGGAGAAGGUUCUGGACAUGUGCUCAGCUCCAGGGGGGAAGACUACUUAUAUCGCUCAACUGAUGAAGAACACAGGGAUGUUGUUUGCCAAUGAUGUGAACAAAGACAGAGUGAAGGCCAUCGUGGGGAACCUACAUCGUCUGGGGGUAACCAACACUGUUGUCAGCUGUCACGACGGGAGACAUUUCCCAAAGGUGAUUGGUGGAUUUGACCGUGUACUGUUGGAUGCACCAUGUACAGGAACAGGAGUCAUCUCCAAAGACCCUUCCAUCAAAACUAACAAGGAUGAUGCCGAUAUCAAGCGCCAUGCCCACCUGCAGAAGGAACUCAUCCUGGCAGCCAUCGACUCCUGUGAUGCAAAGUCGACUUCUGGUGGCUACAUUGUGUACUGCACCUGCUCUGUCAUGAUUGAGGAGAAUGAGUGGGUGGUCGACUAUGCACUGAAGAAGAGGAACGUCAAACUAGUGCCGACAGGACUGGACUUUGGCAAGGAGGGAUUCACAAAGUUCCGUGAAUACAGGCUCCACCCGACACUGAAGCUGACCCGGCGGUUCUACCCACACACACACAACAUGGAGGGAUUCUUCGUCGCAAAGCUCAAGAAAUUCUCCAACGCUAUCCCAGGACAAGAACCCAAGGCAAAGGAAGGAGAAGAAAACAGUGAGACAACUGCUAAGACAACUUCUGAACCAUCUACAGAACCUCCCAAGUCAUCAGCUUCUCCUCAGAAGAGCCCUACUCAACCCACUUCACCAUCCAACAAAUCCAAGAAAAAACGCUUCUUCUUUAAAAACAAGAAGUCUGGAAAGUCUCCUGAUCUUCCCAAAGCCAAGACGUUCAAAGGGCAGCAGAAACCCAGCCCGGGAAAAAGAAGAAAAGUCAAACAGAGCCCCGGGAACAAGAAGAAACAAAAGAAGGAGUAGACGUAGCCAUUUGAAGAUGUGAUUUUAUAUAUGAACCUGUACCAUACAUUGAGUAGAAUGUUAUAACAACUAGCAAAAGUGACAAAAGAUACAAAAUAUGGUUCAGUGUACGUAAUUAUCUUGAUGCAUUUGUUUUUUUGUACAUUACACCUGGAACCGUGUAGAAAUCAUUACUAAUUUGGCAUGUCAAUAUGGAUAUCAGAAGUACAAUACCUGUCUUCCUGACACCUACUGGAAUUUCAAGUUAUUUGUCUUAUUACUGUAGCAAAGAAAGUGCUACAAUGUGACAUAAGUAUGUCUAUUUCGAAGAAAAUCAUAAAAUGUCUAACCAGCUCCCCAAAACCCAAAAUAGGGAUGAAAAGGCCUUCCUAGCUUAUCCCCCAUGUAUCAAGAAACAAGCAAAAUGCAACAUUAUAUAUGUACAUUCCUUCCUAAGUCUGUAUACAUUCUCCUUUGGGAAGUCUUACACAAUGUCAUCCUAACUAGUCACUGACAGAAGGUAGUGGAUGCUACUUUAAACAUCUAGCAGUUUUCAAAAUGUAUCCAAUUGCUUGAUUAACUGUUUCCUUCUGCACAAUGUCAUUCUCUGUAGUUUAUUACUAGUACCUAUUUACAUUCAUAAGGAAGUUGUG